GUUUAUUUGACAUAGAAGCUGCACGGAAAAUAUUAUAUCAUUUUUCCUUUUUCUCUACAUUGAAAAACUUUUCCUUCGAUUUCGAAUCCUUUAUCAAUGUUCAUUUUAUUCACCAGGCUACGAACUGAUCCUGCGUGACCCUUACGCCGCCCGCUAUGGCCAAUGAAUUGGUCGACCCAUUUCACCUUAAUGUAUUAAGCUUGAACUGCUGGGGUCUCAGAUUCAUUGCCAAAGUAAGAAGGGAGCGUCUUAAUGAGAUCGGUGUGAGGAUUGCGGCCAAAUCCCCGCCUCCGCAUAUUGUCGGGUUGCAAGAGUGUUGGACGCAAGAAGAUUAUCUUGCUAUUCGAGAACACACGCAACAUAUACUGCCAUACGGGAAGUUCUAUCAUGGAGGAAUAUUUGGAGCAGGAUUGGCUAUCCUGUCAAAAUGGCCAAUCGAGGAAAGUUCCAUGAUUCAGUAUCCUAUGAAUGGAAGACCUACGGCUUUUUUCCGCGGUGACUGGUUUGUUGGCAAGGGCGUUGCGUAUGCUCGGAUCCGUUACGGACCUGGGAUUGCAGAUGUUAUCGAAGCAUUCUGUACACAUAUGCAUGCCCCUUAUGAAAGAGAACCAAAUGACUCUUACAUUUGUCACCGAACAGCUCAAGCUUGGGAAUUCGCAAAGUUAAUUCGAGGCGCAAUUGAACGCGGUCACCUUGCUUUGGGCAUGGGCGAUUUCAACAUGCUUCCAUUGUCCUUUGCGCAUGAGCUAAUUACCAAACAUGCUCCAGUUCAUGAUGUCUGGCGGGUGCUUCAUCCGGACUCUUCUAUUGGGGCAUCUGUAGACAGCGCAGAGAAAGCGCGAGGCCGUCCUGUUCCCACUGUUGAGCAAAACAUGCUUGAGAACGGUGCUACAUGCGACAGUGCGCACAAUACUUGGCGCUGGAAUAAGGGACAACAACAACGUCUUUCUAAAGGCGAACGUAUCCCAGUGCCACCAGAUACGCCUGAUCCAAAUGCACGAAGAUUGGACUAUAUCUUUGUUGGCGCUCCUUCGCCCUCAAGACAGGAUGUGAAUAGUACACUGCUACCGCCGAUGACGAAAACUGCCUGGUUCGUUGAUGAUGUACGAGUGGGCAUGACUGAACCGCAUCCAAGCCUGGGAUGCUCUCUAAGUGAUCACUUUUCUAUCGAAGCGUCGCUGUCUCGAAGGUUUGGGGUGGAGGUUCCGGAGUCAUUGCACACCAUUUCUUCACCGUCCUCGGAGAAGGCAUUCCAUAACUACUAUCCUCACUCAUAUCAGACCAUAUCGACCAGUUCCCGACCAGACUUCAUCUGUUCCAGGCCACAUCCUCCCUCAACAUCGCAACCACUCUCUUCACUGCCAAUCUCUAACCGCCUACCUAUCCAAACCUACACAUCUAUUCUUGGGCUCGUCUCUCAUUACAAUGCUCGAGAGCGGUUCCAAAGACACUUUCGCCUGACUCACUUUGGUGUUCAGCUUCUCAUUUCUAUUGGCUGUCUUGUGGCUGUGUGGUGGGUGCCACACAAUUACGUCGCUUUUAUCCUUAUGCUUAUGAGCACGCUGGGCCUUGCCGCAGGUGUUUUGGAUGGUUUAAUUGGAGGUUUAUUUGUCGGAUCAGAGUUGCGUGCAUUGAAAGAAUUUGAGUGGGAGGUGAGGAAUGCACAGAAGCUUGCACUGGAGUCGAAAUCACAAUCCAUGGAAUCAAAUGUUGGUAGAGCUGCACCAGCAACGGAGGCACAGCAAGAGCUACAGCAUCAAUCAUUUCUGAAUGCACUGUCAUUCUUGGACCAACUCCAUCAAACGAGGAAUGGAGCGGAGGUGCAGGAAGAAGACAGGUAUCAUUAUACUGAAUAUGAUGCGGGCGUUCCAAAUGAGAAAGACAUCGAAGAGGGAGCCACGGCGGCGGCGCCAGCGGCGCCGGAGGAACCACCCGCCCCCAUCGCAGGAGUUGGAACUGGCAUUGAAAUGGAGCGCUUAGGAAGGUAGGCUCGGACAGAUUGAUUUUCUCGACGGCUUUGCGGGAUUCUUGAUCUGCCAGCAGUUUAUAUCAGGUUUUCGGGUGUCAAAUGCAUACAGCCUUUGCAUGUAACAGAACAUAAUGCAUGAUGCAUACAUAGAUUUAGUAAUAAUUAUUAAUAGAAGUUUAUACGUUAAGAAGGC